AGGAGCCUCAUUUGCCACCACUUCACCAACUGGCUGCAGAUAGACCCUCCUCCAGGGACUUCAAGUUUCUGCCUUGCUGAGCCCUGGGGGUACCUCUUGGGCUGGUUACUUUGGCUUAGUUUUCUCAUCUGUAAAUUAAGAUAGUGUCUUUAAGCAGUUUACACGGUGAGAGGGGAGUGGACAGGCAAUAAACACCAACGCAGACGUGUCCAUAAAUUCAUGGAUAAGUGCUGAGAAAGGCGGAGAUAGAGAAGGCAGGGCGCAUGUAAACUUCUAAAGUCAGAGAAGGCCUCCUGGCUGAAGAUAGGUAACCAGUGCAGCCGGAAUGACAAGCAAAAAGCCCCAAAAGCGAAGAUUUAAGGGGAGGAGCGCGCCAGGGAGUCGGAGCAGCAAGUGCCAAGAUGGAAAGAGGAAUGGAAAGAGGGCAGUGUUGUCUGGCAGAGACUUGAUGAGGGCAUGAGGUGUCAGGACUUUCUGAGCCCCAGACUUGAGCUAAGACCUGUCAGCUAGGGCCGUAGGGAAGAGUCUGUAAAAGAACAGUUGUAAAGGGCGUCUGAUAAAUGUAGCUGCUUUAAAAGUGGUCAAGAUAAUUGUUUUUGUAUUCGUGCAUAGCCAGGGGCUUUAAGUACCUUCAUUAUGCUAAUUAUGUCCUUUAAUUUACCACCUGGUAACACCGCUGGUCAGGUGACACUGGACUUGUUGGACCGGCUUGUGAUCACACCCUUGUAGGGAGAAGUCACCUUCAGACGGUGGCCACCAUGUGUGUUGUACCACACCCCCAACUGGACAGGCAGGCACAGAUGGGAAGUGUCAUUUGGCAGCCCCUCUGGGCCACUCACCAGAUGUGUGAGCUUGGAAAGGUGGGUUGCUCUUCUUAGGGUUCAGUUUCCCCACCUGGGACUAGUGGGAAGAUUAGAGAUCAUCUGUGUCGGGAUAGGUGGCAGACAAACAUGGCUGAGCAAAUAUGCUGUUGUUCAGUCGCUCAGCCGUGUCCGACUCCUUGCGACCCCACGGGCUGCAGCACGCCAGGCUUCCCUUGUUCUUCACCAUCUCCGGAAGUCUGGAACUGUUAUUUGUUAGUAUCUUUCUCUUCCGCCCUCCUUAGAAUGGGGGGAUAUAGGUUCCCCCUCUACCUGGCCCUCCAUCCCUAGAAUUGGAAGACUCUGUCCUGGGCCCUUGGGGAAAGUGGCGCUGUUUCUGCGACCUGGGCAAGCAGGAGCGCAGCCGCGAGGUUGUGGGCACUUCGCCGGGCCCGGUGUUCAUGGACCGCGAGAAUCUGGUGCAGGUGCGACCCUGCCGGCAACGGGAUUGUUCAUCCUGCGAGCCGAACGACUGCGACUGGAGGCUCUGAGCCCGGCCGCGGCGGGAGGCGCUCCAGAGACACCGGGGCGGAGCUUGGAAAGCGACACCGCCCACCCGGUUCCCCAAAGGCGGAGCUCCCUGGUCAGCCUCGGAAACUACAAUUCCCAGGAAGCUGCACGGCAGCGGCGUCGGCGAAGGCUGCGCAAACGUCAACGGCGGCUGGCGCGUUGGGGGCGUGUCCUGCGUGCCGAUAGGUCGGGAGCUGGCCCUGCUGCGGGGCCCGCGGAAAACGCGCGGAGAAACCUUUCUUUGCAGACUUCGUUACUACGGCUGGUGGCGGCGGCCGAGGCGGCAUGGAUCUCAGCGAGCUGGAAAGAGACAAUACGGGCCGCUGUCGCCUGAGUUCGCCUGUGCCUCCUGUGUGCCUCAAGGAGCCCUGCGUCCUGGGCGUCGAUGAAGCGGGCCGGGGCCCGGUGCUGGGCCCCAUGGUCUAUGCUAUCUGCUAUUGUCCCCUGUCCCGCCUGGAGGAUCUGGAGGCCCUAAAAGUGGCAGACUCAAAGACCCUGUCGGAGAGCGAGCGGGACAGGCUCUUUGCGAAAAUGGAGGAGGACAAGGACUUUGUGGGCUGGGCACUGGACGUGCUGUCUCCAAACCUCAUCUCUACCAGCAUGCUUGGGCGGGUCAAAUACAACCUGAACGCCCUCUCUCAUGAUACAGCCACUGGACUAGUGCAAUUUGCGUUGGACCAGGGUGUGAACGUGGCCCAGGUGUUUGUGGACACCGUGGGGCUCCCAGAGACAUACCAGGAACGCCUGCAGCAGCGUUUUCCUGGCAUUGAGGUGACAGUCAAGGCCAAGGCAGAUGCCCUCUACCCCGUGGUCAGUGCUGCCAGUAUCUGUGCCAAGGUGGCCCGAGACCAGGCUGUGAAGAACUGGAAGUUUGUGGAGAAACUGCCGGACCUGGACACUGAUUAUGGCUCGGGCUACCCUAAUGACCCCAAGACGAAAGCCUGGUUGAGGAAGCAUGUGGACCCCGUGUUCGGCUUCCCCCAGUUUGUCCGCUUCAGCUGGCGCACAGCCCAGAGCAUCCUGGAGAGUGAGGCAGAAGACGUGAUGUGGGAGGACUCGGAGACUGGGAAUCAGGAGGGACCCGGGAAGAUCAAGUCCUACUUCAGUGAAAGCCCCCAAAGCUGCCCCCGCCUCCCCCAUCGGUACUUCCAGGAGCGGGGCCUGAAGUCAGCCACUGUCCUCUAGAAGCCAGCCUGGACCCCCUUUACCUGCCCCCGCCACACCCGUCCCUCCUCGGUUCGUGAUUAAAAUUCUUCAAGGAAAGCUAA